UGCAAGGUAUGGUUGAUUGAUGCUCAAUUUCUCCAAAUUUGAUUCAAGAAUUGGAGGUAACUGUAUCUCUAAUUGAUUUUUUAAAACACCCUUUAUCGGCUUUUGGUGUUCUAUAAUCUUGAACAUGGACAUAUCAUUGCCGCUGGAUCAGUUACGGAACAGUUGUAGGUAUGCGGCUUUCUUGACAGACCCUCAUGUUCUGCAGGAAAGACUUGUCCUUUCUGGGAAUUGCUCCUUAUUCAGCAAGAAAAGGUAUAGAAAUGUGUUUUCUCAGAUUAGAGCUUCUCUUUCUGAACAUGGGUUUAUAAAGCCAAGACCCAUGAUGAAACCUUCCAAGAGGGAGGAAAAUUUAUGUGAAGAAACCAUUUCAAAAGUAAACCAAAUUGGGGAUCCAGGUUCAGGGAUUAGUGCUCAAAUAGAGAAGCUAGUUUUUCAUAAGAGGUAUCAUGAGGCUCUUGAUUUUUUUGAGCUGUUAGAGUGUGAAGGUGAUUGUCAGUUAGAUAGUAGCACGUAUGAUGCUUUGAUAACUGCCUGUAUUGGGUUAAGGUCGAUUAGAGGGGUUAAGCGGGUGCAUAAUCAUAUGGUUAGUUCUGGAUUGGUAUUAGACCAGUAUUUAUGGAACAGGGUUUUGUCUAUGCAUGUCAAAUGUAAGAUGAUGUUAGAUGCACGUAGCAUAUUUGAUGAUAUGCCUGAGAGGAACUCGAUUUCUUGGAAUACAAUGGUUGGAGGGCUAGUUGAUUUGGGGGAUUAUUUGGAGGCGUUUAGAUUGUUUUUUAUGAUGUGGGAAGAGAAUUCUGCUGCUGAUCCUCGGAUAUUUGCGACGAUGAUUCGAGCAUGUUCUGGAUUAGAGGUUAUUUCUUUGGGACAGCAAUUGCAUUCUUGUGCUUUGAAAAUGGGGGAAGGUGACAAUCGUUUUAUAUCUUGUGCUUUAAUUGAUAUGUAUAGCAAGUGCGGUAGCAUAGAGGAUGCUCAGUUUGUUUUUGAUAAUAUGCCAGAGAAGACCACAGUAGGAUGGAAUACGAUUAUUGCUGGUUACGCUCUCCAUGGCUAUAGUGAGGAGGCUUUAUGUUUGUACUAUGAGAUGCGAGAUGCUGGUGUCAAAAUGGAUCACUUCACAUUUUCAAUCAUUAUUAGAGUUUGCACGAGAUUAGCUUCACUGGAGCAUGCUAAACAAGCUCAUGCUGGGCUAGUUCGACAUGGAUUUGGAUUAGAUAUUGUUGCCAAUACAGCAUUAGUGGAUUUCUAUAUCAAAUGGGGGAGGAUAGAAGAUGCUCGUAAUGUUUUUGAGGGGAUGCCCCAAAAGAAUGUUAUUUCUUGGAAUGCCUUAAUUGGUGGAUAUGGUAAUCAUGGCCGAGGGAUUGAGGCUGUUGAACUAUUUGAGCGUAUGGUUCACGAAGGAAUGAUGCCCAAUCAUGUUACUUUUUUGGCUGUUUUAUCUGCAUGUCGCUAUUCAGGUUUAUCAGAUUAUGGGUGGGAAAUAUUUGAAUCAAUGAGUAGAGAUUACAAGGUGAAGCCUAGAGCAAUGCACUAUGCAUGUAUGAUUGAAUUGUUGGGUAGAGAAGGGCUUUUAGAUGAAGCUUUUGCGUUAAUCAGGGAUGCUCCUUUUAGGCCUACUAUAAAUAUGUGGGCAGCCUUACUGACAGCCUGUAGAGUCCACAAGAAUUUUGAGCUAGGAAAAUUUGCAGCUGAGAAACUUUAUGGAAUGGAACCAGAAAAACUCAGCAACUAUGUGAUGCUUUUGAAUAUCUAUAACAGCUCAGGCAAGCAAGAUGAAGCUGCUGCAGUUGUUCAAACAUUGAAGAGAAAAGGACUCAGAAUAAAGCCUGCAUGCACAUGGAUAGAAAUAAAGAAGCAACCACAUGUUUUCCUGUCUGGAGAUAAGUGCCAUGUGCAAACCAAGGAGAUAUAUGAAAAAGUGGACGAGCUUAUGCUGGAGAUCUCUAAGUAUGGCUAUGUUACGGGGGGGAAAACCUUACUACCCGACGUAGAUGAACAGGAACAAAAAUCACCACAUUAUCACAGUGAAAAGUUGGCAAUAUCUUUUGGGCUCAUAAGCACGUCUAGUUCAACCUCACUGCAACUUGUUCAGAGUCAUAGGAUUUGCAACAAUUGCCACAAUGCAAUUAAGUUGAUAGCCAUGAUUACUAAACGAGAAAUUGUUAUUAGGGAUGCCAGCAGGUUUCAUCGAUUCAAGAACGGCACUUGUUCUUGCGGUGACUACUGGUGAUUGAGUUUUAACCUACAUGUGAACCAUACUUUUGUAUGUAAUUCAAUUAUUUUACUGAUUCUUCUUUGUUGUUAUGAGUAUUUCAAAAUCAUAUGGAUAUAACUAUUGUUCUCUUUGGAGAUCAAUACAAUUUUUUAUAAUAAGAUCUUUCCUGAA